GGCCUGCAGGAGAGCAUGUCUGAUGAAGAGGAGGAGCAGCGGGAGGGGAGGAAGAGGGAGGCAGAGAUCUUCUACCUCAGCGAUGAAGAGGGGAACGAUGGAGACGAUGAAGAUGAGUGGGGACCCGACCAGUCUCACAGUGCCUCCUUCAGCUCCGAGAAUGAGGCUCAGGGAGGCGACCCGGCCGGGUGGCAGUGCACCCCUCCCCCAUCUACCUCGCCCUCGGGGGAGACGGCGGCCCACCCUCCCCCUUCCCAGCCCGCGUCCAGACCCCCCUCCAGGCCGGCCAGCCAAAGCCCCUCCCCUCCCUCCUCCCUGACAGGCACCAAGAAGAGGACCUCCAAACCGGCCCACAUGAGACGCAACAUCAGGAAGUUACUGAGGGAGCACCAGCUGGAGGCAGGUACCAAAGCCGCCCAGCAGGAGGAGCUGGAGAGGAGGCAGCGCCUGGAGCAGCAGAGAAAACAGGAUUUCCCCGUACCGCUGCUGCCUGAAUACACAACCGGGGACGUGGCCCAGCAUGUGUCGUCGUCAACGGCGUCAACAGCUUCGCAACAGGAAGUGGCCUCGUCCCGACAGGAAGUGAUCCGCCUGGACUCCAGCAGCGUCAGCGAGGACGACAGCAAGACUAAAGCGCCCGCCUGCGCAACUGUAGCACACACACAAAAAACAGAUGUGAUCGAUCUGAGCUCGGGCGACGACGAAGGCAUCGUCCACAUCAGCAGCCACGAGUCCACCGCCGAGGAGGAGCAGAGCGAGCCGAGCGGCGCGCACGUCAACGACGCUCUCAACCAGCCGGACGCUCAGGGCCGGGUUCUGGUCAACUUGAAUCAUCCGGCCGCGGAAGGCGACAUCUUCCUGCUGCCUCAGCUGGCUCGAGCCGUCAAACCUCACCAGAUUGGCGGGAUCCGUUUCCUGUACGACAACCUGGUGGAGUCUCUGGAGCGGUUCGGCAGCAGCAGCGGCUUCGGCUGCAUCCUGGCCCACAGCAUGGGCCUGGGCAAGACACUGCAGGUCAUCUCCUUCAUCGACGUCCUGCUCAGACACACUCAGGCGCACACCGUGCUCGCCAUCGUGCCCGUGAACACAUUACAGAACUGGCUGUCGGAGUUCAACAUGUGGGUCCCGCCCCCGGAGGCGUUACCUCCAGACACCGACCCCAGCCUGGUGACGCCUCGCACCUUCAAGGUCCACAUCCUCAACGAUGAGCACAAGACCACGGCGACCAGGGCCAAGGUGGUGGAGGACUGGGCGCGGGAUGGAGGAGUGUUGCUGAUGGGAUACGAGAUGUACCGCCUCCUGUCCCUGAAGAAGAACUUUGUGGCCGGGAGGAAGAAGAAGAGCAAAAAGACAACGGGACCCGUCGUCAUCGACCUGGACGAGGAGGACAGGCAGCAGGAACUGCUCCAAGGUAUCGAGAGGGCGCUGGCCCGGCCUGGUCCGGACGUGGUGAUCUGCGACGAGGGCCAUCGCAUCAAGAACUGCCACGCCAGCACGUCCCAGGCCCUGAAGAACAUCUGCACCCGCCGCCGCGUCGUCCUGACCGGCUACCCGCUCCAGAACAACCUCAUCGAGUACUGGUGCAUGGUGGACUUCGUCCGACCCGACUUCCUCGGUACGCGUCAGGAGUUCAGUAACAUGUUUGAGCGUCCCAUCCUGAACGGGCAGUGUGUGGACAGCACGCCGCAGGACGUCCAGCUGAUGCGGUACAGGAGCCACGUCCUGCACAGCCUGCUGGAGGGGUUUGUACAGAGGCGAGGCCACGAUGUCCUCAAGGACCAGCUGCCCUCCAAGGAGGAGCAUGUGAUCCUGGUGCGUCUGUCUCCACGGCAGAGGGCGCUCUACACCGAGUUCAUGAACCGCUUCAGGGAGGCGGGAAACACCGGCUGGCUGAGCCUCAACCCGCUGAAGGCUUUCUGCGUCUGCUGCAAGAUUUGGAACCACCCAGACGUGCUCUACGAGGCCUUACAGAAGGAAAACCUGGCCAAUGAGCAGGACUUGGACCUGGACGACAUCACCGCCACGGGGCCCGCCCGCUGUCCCACGGCACCCAAUCAAAAGUCCAAGCCCCUGGAGAAUCCAAACCCCAUUGGUGGACUGAGUCUCAACCAGCUGCAGGAGAAAGCCAAUCAGGUCAUCACCUACGAAUGGGCGAAGGACAUCAUGUGUGACUACAAGGCCGGCAUCCUGGAGAACUCAGCGAAGAUGGUUCUGCUGUUCCACCUGAUAGAGGAGAGCGUCAGGAAGGGCGACAAGCUGCUUGUCUUUAGUCAGAGUUUGUCGACGCUGACGGUGAUUGAGGAGUUUCUGGCGAAGAGACCGGUGCCUCCCUCACCCAAAACCUCCAGCCAAGACCGACCCGGCCAGAACUGGGUCCGCAACCUCAAUUACUACAGACUGGAUGGGAGCACAACUGCGUCGGAGAGAGAGAGGCUCAUCAACCAGUUUAACGAUCCCUCCAACACCUCAGCAUGGGUCUUCCUGCUGUCGACCAGGGCUGGCUGUCUGGGCGUGAACCUGAUCGGUGCGAACCGCGUGGUGGUGUUCGACGCCUCCUGGAACCCGUGUCACGACGCCCAGGCGGUGUGCCGCGUCUACCGCUACGGCCAGAGGAAGCCGUGUCACAUCUACCGGCUGGUGUGUGAUUUCACCCUGGAGAAGAAGAUCUACGACCGUCAGAUCUCCAAACAGGGCAUGUCAGACCGGGUGGUGGAUGAUCUGAACCCCGUGCUGACUUUCACCCGGCGGGAGGUGGAGACUCUGCUUCACUUCGUGGAGGAGGAGCCCGACCCCUCGCAGGUGCAGCUGCAGGCCCAGGACGGCAUGGAGGGCGUCCUGAGGAAGGCGCUGAACCUCUACCCUCACCUGAUCACCAAGCAACCGUUCCCCCACGAGUCCCUGCUGAUGGACCGCAGGGAGCUGAAGCUGAGCAACGCGGAGAAGAAAGCGGCCAAGAAGGGCUACGAGGAGGAGAAGAGGGCGUCGGUGCCCUACACCCGCCCAUCCUACGCCCACUACUACCCCGCCAGCGACCAGAGCCUCACCAACAUCCCCGCCUUCAGCCAGAGAAACUGGCGGCCUCCUCCUCGCGUGGAGGAGAAGCCGGUGGCCAGCGUCCGGCCGGUCCAGUCAACUCCGAUUCCCAUGAUGCCCCGCCAGGCGUCUUCAGGCUCCGCCCCUAGCAACACAUCGUCAAGCUCCAGCCUCGGGGGUUUCCCUGUCAACUACCUGCAGAAGGCCGGCGUGUUUGUACAGAAGAUAGUCACCACCACUGAUAUUGUGAUUCCAGGCACCAACAGCUCGACAGACGUCCAGGCCAGGAUCAGCGCCGGAGAGAGCAUCCAUGUUAUCAGAGGCACCAAAGGGACUUACAUCAGGACGUGUGAUGGACGCAUCUUCGCCAUCAGAGCUGCUAACAAGGCCAAGACAGGAGAGGAGAGCUCUACAGCGCCACCUAAAGACUCCCAGAAGCCACAAGACCUGUCAACCAAUGGUAGCAACGGCUGCGUGUCACCUGACAGGAAGCAGCAGGUGCCUCCUGAGAGCGUGACCCGCCCCAUUUCACCCGACAGCCCUGAGAUCAUCAACGAGCUGCAGCGCUACACCGUUGGCGCAGGAGCUGGCGCUCAAAAGCCAGCCACAGGCCAACAGGAGAGGGCGCCAGAGAGCAUCACCAGUGCUGGUGUCAACAUGAACAACAUGGCUCCCACCAAACUGGGUCAGUCCAACGGCGGCAGCGGUAGUUUUGCCAGUGGAAACAUCAGUAUGCUUAAGAGCCAUCACGACGUGUCCGUGGCUAACACAGUGCAGCCUAGCAUGGACGCCACUGCCGCCCAGGACCUGAGAACAGGCUCCAAGCGCAAAGCCUCCACCCCAUCCAUGGACGAACGCACCAACAAGCAGCCGGCCACCGGCAAGCACUCCUCAGCCGCUCUGGCCUCACAGGCCUUCCCCUUCUCCGGGGGCUACGGCCUGCCUCCUCUGGGCCUCAGCCCGGCCAUGUUGGGGUCAAUUGGCGGGUCGCUGGGGCACCAGCUCUUCAUGGGAGCGGGCUCGCCUUAUUUCCAGCCUCCCCAUGGUCAACUGGGCGACCCCUGCCUGAUGUACCCUGACCCGUUUGGCUUAGGCGGAGCCGGCACAGUCCCAGCCUCAUCCUCCUCCUCCUUACUGACCACAACCACCACCGCCGCCAACUCAUCAUCCUCUGCAGCAUCUUCAGUAUCGUCAAAAGCCGCCAGUUCGGUGUCAGGCGCCCUGCCGCCGUUCAUGCUGAGCCCCAGCAUGGCUGGCAUGGCCGGGAUGCUCCCCCCAGGCUUCCCCCUCUCUUACAGCCAGUCGCUGGCCAGCCUCUAUGCCGGAUCGAUGCUCCCUGGGGGUCUGCCGGGCUCAGCGGCCACCCCUGGCCCGGCCGGAGCCAGCUACCUCUCCCACUACCCGCCCACUGCUGUCUCCAGCUCCUCCUCAUCCUCCCCCGCCUCCUCCUCCCCCUCCACCCGCUCCGAGAGCCACCGUGGCUCCGUGCUGGUCGAGAACGGCGGGAAUAUCAGCGGCACCGGCAGCUCGGACGACGACGACGAUGUCAUUGAGGUGAUGGGACAGUGAAGGCUGAAUGAUGCUCGGUGGUUGUUCAGUUCAAUUUAGGCGUCAUCAGAACAGGAUGAUAUCCUGUUGGCCAAGAUCCAGGCUUCGUAAAGUCUGCGGCCAAGGCCGUGAGGGAAACCUAUAGGGAUUAAUAAAAGAGAGACAGCUGAGCCCCUGCUAUAUAUAAAGUGUUUCCUCUGUUCAGCUCACCUGCCUUGGAGAACGAGUGUCUGCAUGGGGCAUUGAACCCGGACUGGACACAGAGCGACAAAUCCUUAUGCUGAAUAUCUCACUUUAAAGAAGAGGAAGCCUGAGGGAAAAGGUUGAACUCCAAGAAGAAGAAAAAAAGAAGAAAACAAAAUCAAAGGACUUUGGGCUUCCAAGUUUCUGUCCGAUACUGGCAUUUAAAUACUAAUCACUGGACUGAUACUGCUGAGUGUGGACCUGCCGUGACCACAGACGGCCACUAGUUGUACUGUCGACUUUAGGAGAUUCUAGCUCUGCAGCUUCGCUAAUCGUCAAGAAUCUUUUGCUUUUUUUCCAGCUAAUUAAAAAAAACUGAUGGUAGGCUAGAGUUGAUAUUAAAAAAAAACACAACAACUGUUUGACAAUUAAGUUAGCUGGUAGUAAAGCCUGUUAAAUAUCAGUAACUUAAAUGGUAUUGUUUGUUGACUGUCAAAUAUUGCUACUGAAUAUUUCUCAAAUGGUAGAGAGACAGGUCCUUUUUUUUUUUUUUUUUUUUUUUUUUUUUUUUAAUGAUAUCUAUUGAACUUAUGAAUUCACUGCCAGGACAGGAGGAUUGUGUGUUUUUGUUCUUUGCUGAUGGAAAAAAAUGGGAUCAUCUUGAAAUACUGAAGACUAUUCAUGCAAAGAGACGUGGUUGAGACUCAUUGCGAAGGUUUAAAGACAAUUACUGAAACCUUAAAAAAACUCUAAUAACAGAAUGUAUGCUUAUUUAAAACGCCUUUUAAAACCAGGCCUUUUUGAAAGGACAGCUUCUGUUUAGGCAUCAGACUUGGGAAGAUCUGAUUUGUUUUUUGUUUUGUUUUUUUCUUUUUUGAUAUUUUAUAUUUAUGUAAUCUCUAUUACAUUUUUGUUUUCCAAAAAAAAAAAAAAAAAAAAAAAAAAAGAUAUCAUUGCCUAAUAACAGCCAGGCAACACUGAGUAAAAAAAAAAACUGUGCUCUGGUGAGGCGGCCUCCUUGUAGCGGAGAAAACAACCAACAGAAAAUGCCUUUUUUUUCUCGCCUCCAUCUUUCUGAAUGUUAACUGUGAGAGAGGAGGGGUGAAGAGAGACGGACAGUCAUCGAGGCUCUCUGAAUCUCGCCCGCAGUCUUACUGUAGCCUAGUGAAAAUGAUGCAAAACACACAAGCCUACAUGCUAUACACACACACACACACACACACACACACACACAUACACACACACCCCCAGAGCCACUGAACUUGCAGCUCUGAGAGUUUUUGCUCCCGCCGUGACGUUUUUCCUGUUUAUCUGUGUGUCGUGUCCUCAAAGAGGCUCUCUCAAGAAUUUUUGGGAAACAAAAAAAAACAAAAAACAAAAAAAAACUUGGGGUGUGUAACUUCGGUUUGGUGACUCUGACGCUCUGAUUGACAGCACAGAUCAUUUUGGAUUUUUUUUUUUUUUUCUCCUUCUCAUCUCGUUUUGUGACAAGAGGUCAAUUGUGAAACCAAACCGAUUCGGAGAGAAGGUGCAGCUUUGCCAAAAAAAAAAAAAAAAAGAAGAAGAAGGAAAAAUAAAAAAAUCUGCACAAGCACAUCGUACAACCUCGAUCACUGAGGAUUGUGUCUUAAGAGACCAAAUAACCCUGUCAGCAGCUUAACAGGAGAUUUUCAAAAAGAAGUAAAGCUCUCUCUCUCUCUCUCUCUCUCUCUCUCUCUCUCUCUCUCUCUCUGUGUACAACAUCCUCACAGCCGCAAUUAAGAAAUCCAUGUCCCGUUUUCUCCGCACGACCUCACAGUCACUCUGGAAACUGGAAACCAGACACACGUUUGAAAAGUCAGAGUUUGGGUUUGCAGGCUGAUCGGCUGAUGGAAAAGCUCCAUUGCAAGAUCAGAUCAACCAUAACACAUUUUUUUUUUCUGCUGUUCCCCCGUAGGCGCACUGCACACCUCCUCACACACACACCUCGUACCUGUAUGGAGAAAAAAAAAAAAAGGAAAAAAAAAUCCGUUCCCAAAUAAUUACAGAAAAAGCUCAUCGUCAGACAUCUUAGGGCAAAGACGAAACAUUUCCUCUUCUUUUCUUCCACGCAUUCGUUCAUUCAUAUUUCAUACUUUGAUACUGAACUCGCUAGUUUACUUAUUAUUGUUUUUCUCGUUUUUUUUUUUUUGUUUUCCCUCUUUUUACGAUGUUUGAAUUUACCAAAUUAAUUUAUUUAUGAUGGUGCAUAUUUAUUCAUUUGUAUUUUUAUUUUUGUACUAUUUCUUUUUUUUUUCUUUUCUCUUGUUUGUAAGAUUUUUAUGGUCAUUAUUAUUAUUGUUGUUGUUGUUUUUUGUUGUUGUUAUGACAGUUGGGAGCGCUUCGGUUUCUUGUCUUCAGUGAUUAAAAAAAAAAAAAAAAAAAACACAAAAAAGUGAAGAUCUGCCGUCUGACCCAAA